AUGGAAGUAGUCGACCGUGGUUCAGUUAAAGAUGUUGAUCAACAACAAUUCACAACCGCUUUUGCUGAAUUUCUCAAAAAGACAGGCAAACUCGAACUACCAUCUGGUAAUUGGGUUGAUAUCGUUAAAUUAGGUAUCCAUAAACAAAUGGCACCUGUCGAUCCUGACUGGUAUUACACCCGUUGUGCAUCAAUCGCACGUUUUCUCUACUUACGUCGAACAGGUGUUGGUGCAUUUACACGUAUUUAUGGUGGUAAAAAAAAUAAUGGUGUUCGUCCAUCACACUUUCAACAUGGUUCACGUAGUGUUGUACGUAAAUGUUUACAAUCACUCGAAAAGGCAAAACUUAUCGAAAAACAUGCAUCAGGUGGUCGUGUUCUUACUCAAUUAGGACGACGAAAUAUGGAUACUAUUGCUAAACAAGUUGCAGAUAAACUUGCUCCUUUACACCAAUAUUUUCCCCCUUCGCAACAGUUUCGACAUUUCAACAUAAAUGUUCAUCGUUAUGAUCGACCGCGAUCAUCAAUUUCUACAUCUGAUAUCGAUCUACAAUAUCUCGGAAGCGAACAACAACAUAUAGAUCAAGAUCAUCAUCAUCGUCAUCAUCGUCUUUCUGUCUAUACGAUACCUAUGAAACAAAAUCAAUCAAAUUCAUUAAUCUCAUCAAACGAUAAUCUUCUUCGUAGAAUAUCAAAGACUCCUGAUGUUUCCACGAUGUCUUCUUCAGAGAAGACUCUAACAACAAUGGGUCGAUCGCUCCUGUCUGCACUUCUACUAAUCUUUCUACCUCUUGCUUUGCUUACUGGAGCAAUAUUUCGGUACAGUGUAGUUUCAUUUAUCUACGCUUUUCUAUUGCUUCUACUUCCAUGGCUUGGUCCAAUAACCGAACGAACUAUUCGAACACGAUUUCGCGUAUUUGUUUUGGUUAUUACUAUUGUCAGUGUCUUGACUGUUUUUGCUCAAAUUAUUUUCCAAUCCGUACUUCUUGCUAACAAACCGUAUGGUCAUACAUUAGAUAAUUGUACCGACAUAGUUCGAACACUUCGAUACUUCGGUUUAGAACGUCUUGACCAUUCUAAUGCUAUUCGUAUUUUACGUUUAAUUUUUCCCGAUAUAAUCAUUCUUGCCGCUUCAACUGUGUGUCUAAUUAUAAUUCGACGUUCGAUUUUAAACGUACGACGUCGUCAAAAUGAUGAUAUUCCCAUUUCACCUGUAACACUACCUUCAACACAGAGUACUACCAGUGUCGAAGAUCAAAAGAGACUCUGGCCUCGAUUAUUAUCCAUUUUAAGACGAGCACGUUUAUUUCUUCAAUUUGUGCUCGUUGGUUUUGCUGCAUUUGUUUAUCCAAGUAUUAUCAAUUCAAUUUACUUUCUUUUCUUUCUUACCAUCGCCUUCAUUUGGUCAUUGUCGGUUAAAUUUGGAAAGAAAUACGCAUUGGCACGUAGUCUAUUAGUCGUCUAUACUGGCAUACAUUUGUUAAUCUUCUAUCUCUAUCAAUUUGGAUUUUUUCAAGAUGUUUUGCCUCCUUUCUCAUUAUGGAGCAAUAUUACUGGCUUAACAGCAUUGGUGGAAAGUAAUUGUACGGAUCGUGAACCAUACUUUGAGAGAAAUUUAGCUUGGAGUGAUUAUGUAAAUCCAUGUGCAUUGCUUCUAUUGUAUUUCUAUUUUGCUUUUGAAACAAAUCGAACACUUGCACAUCGAGUUCGAUCGAAUGUUCUCACAAUUCAUUCACUGGAACAACAGAUAAACCCUCGUCGCAGUAUUGAUGAACAGAGUUUAGUACACAAUUCCGAUGGUCGUGAUACAUUGGAUCAGAGUGUACCAUCAUAUCAUCGCCGAUGGAGUUUAGAACAACCUGGUGAUCAAACAUGGCAAGGACGUAUUAUUUUCGUCGUAUUUUCCACUAUUCGCGUUCUCGAACGACACAGUUAUCUUCUCUCAUUGAUUGCAAUGCUUGCAUGGAGUAUUACUUUUCAUAGUCUAUUAACCUUGAUAUAUCUCCUAUCGGCGUGUAUACUUUGGGUAUUACCUAAUUCUCGUCAAUGGUGUUUGAGAAUGAGUCCAUUUUUCACAAUUUACGGAGGUAUAUUAUUAAUUCUACAAUAUUUGGUUGGAUUCAAAGUUGGCUUCGAUCAACUACAUUUUGCGUAUGAUCGUCGAACAAUGGAACAGAUUGGUAUUCUUGUCCGAGAUUUUCAACCAGCAUUCAUGUCAUUACUAUUGAAAUCAUUUUAUAUGUUGUUCUUUUGGUUAACUUUACGACAAUAUAUCAAUGAAAAACGCAUUAUCAAUACUCAAGGAAAUGAUGCUCGUCGAGUCAGUACAUCAACUGAUUCAUACCCUCGACGUUUGGGACGAUGGCUAAUUGAUUUCCUCACGAAAUAUUGGAUAUUUGUGUCUUGUGGCAUGCUCUUGCUUGUCAGUAUUCAAAACACAGUCGUUAUUUAUCGAAUAAUCUACAUGGCCUUUUAUUUAUUUUUCAUUUUUACUUUUCAAAUUUCGUUUGGAUUUUGGAGAAAAACAGUGGCAACAUUUCAUUUGACAAUUAUCAUUUAUUCAAUGUUAAUCUUGAUUGGCAUUUAUAUCUAUCAAUUCGAAAAAGUGAAUGUGAUUUUGACUCAACAUUUGAGUAAAGAAUUACUUGCGUCAAUUGGACUUGAAGUCGUUCCAUCCGAUGUAUUAGCAGUGAAAUUACUAACACCAAGCACAUUCCUAGUCGUUAAUAUCUUGCAAUUGCAUUAUUUUCAUUCGGGUUGGAUGAAAUUGAUUACAAUGCCUAAUGAUAAAAAUAUCGAAGGACCAGCCAAUGGUACAUUGACUGACAUUCAUACCUAUGCUCGAGAAAAUGUCGCUCAUGCAAACAACACAAACAUCCAACGAAUGUUUGACGGUGAAUUAAAACCGUGGCAAGAAACGUUAUACAAACUGUAUUUUCGAGUUAAUCGUCUUUAUAAACAAAUUACUUACUACACGUGGCGUUUUGCUGAAAUUCACGUUUAUAAAUUAGUUCUUUUCCUUAUGGUUCUCACGGCGAUUCUUAAGAUCAAUGCCUUUAAUGUUUCAUUAGUUGUUCUUGCAACAAUCGGUUUAACUUCAUUUCGUCUACGAAAAAUGAUUAAUUUGUUAACAUUAAUCGCAACAGGUCUUUAUAUUCUUGCGUUAAUGUGUUAUCAAUUAGCAAUUGCAAAACAACAGAUCGUCGAAAAGAACUUUUUCGUUCGAAAUUGUUCUCAAAUUUAUCCAAAUAUGACUGCAAUUCCAAAUGAUACAGCGCAAUGGUUUGGCAUUGAAUUAACAACGACACUUAAUGAAUUUCUUGGCUUGUACAUUCUGUUAACUAUUGCGUUAACAUUUGAUGCAGUCACAAGAUAUCGUCAAAGACAUCGGUGUCUAUCACUAUCGGUUCAUUUCAAUGUUCAUCUAAUUGAAAAUCGUUUUCCAGUGUUAUUCGAACCAUUUGCAUUGAAAAAUCCUCAUGACGAUACAUAUCAAUAUGAAAUUGUCAACUAUCAACAAGCUGACGAAGGCGUUCAACAAUUUUUGAAAUAUUUCACUAACUUCAUCUUCUAUCGAUUUGGUCUGGAGAUAUGUUAUAUAACAACAGUUAUUGUCAUUGGUGUUCGAUUGGACAUUAUGGCUGUGCUCUAUGCAAUUUGGUUAGGUAUAUUUCUAAUCUCAAGUCGAAGAUCGAUUCAACGAAUAUGGUUAUUCUAUAUAAUGUUCUUAAUCUUUGCUUUUCCAUUGCAAUAUAUGGGUGUUGUUGGAGCACCACCAUUUCUUUGUUUCGAAUAUCCAUGGACUAGCGUUGAUCUCGAUGGAUGGCCACAAUUGAAACGUUGGUUAUUUUUACCGGAUUAUAAUAAACCACCAUUGGCAACACAAUUGAUUGCUGAUUUCUUUCAAUUGCUUUUCGCUUGUCAACAAUGGCGUGUAUUUAAAUAUGAAACGAAUGAAAAGGAUCGUAUCUAUGUUGAAGCGGGUGGAUCAAAUCGUGAAAUCAUUUAUGAUAAAGAUAUUUACGAGAAUAAUCCCACAUGGGAUUUCGUUCUUAAUAAACGACAUUGGCUUGAUCAUAUAAAAUAUGCGAUAUUUAUGUAUGGCGCAUGGAGUGUUCUAUCGAUUGUUUACCUAGCUGGAACAACUAGAAUUAGUCUACUGGGACUUGGUUAUCUAAUCGCAUGUUUCUAUUUCUUUUGGUACGGACAAGAUUUUCUAACAAAACGCGUGACAGUCAUGCUUCGAUUAUGGGGCUAUCUGAUUUACUACUGUUUUUCGGUGAUAUUCAUCAAAGCAUGUUUACAGGUGGCGGUCUGCAUCUUCCUCUAUCCAUCAACGCCUUGUGCAGGAAGUAUACGUACAUCAUCACCAUUCUGCACAUUCAUUGAUCUGCUUGUACCAUGCUUAAAAUCAGAUUUCAUUCCUCCAAGAGAUUGUGGUGCAUCGUUUGAUGCCAUCAAUCAACAAUGUGAUCGAAAUCCAAAAGAUGCCAAUCUAUUCAUGGAUGGCUUUUGCUUGAUAUUCUUAUUAUUGCAAAAACGAAUCUUUGCGAGCUAUUACUGGGAACAUAUUGUUGCUGAACUUCGUUCACAAGCGAAACUUGCAAGUCAAGGUGCCGUUUUAUUCACUGAAAUUUCACAGAAACGAAUUGAAGAAGACAGCAAACGGGAAGACCUAACAGUGAAAAAAAUUCGCAAAAGCUUAGAUCGUAUUAAGGAUCAACAGCUUGAACAACAAUCCAAGCAACAAUCGAAACAACAUCAAUCAGGAAGUCGAUCAGCAGUUGUACUUCUCGACGCAACAGAACAUUUCGAAGCCAUUCGAUCAGGAGAUUACUACAUGUUUGAUUAUCAAUCUGAUGAGGAAGAAGAUGAAGGAAAACAAGAUGAAGCAACAGUUGCACAAGAACAAAUUCUUCAAGUUCUAACAGCGAGUGACAAAGAUGCAGCUGCUGCCGUUGCUGCAGAUAAACCACCACCACCGACUAUACCUGAAUCAACUAGUCAAGAGUUUCCUGAAACACCAGUAUCUCCACUUGAACAACCUACUGACAUCACAACUAUUACAGUUUUACCAUUGACACCCACGUCAGAACAAGAACCGAGCGUUGAACCAAAAGUUAAAAGUAAAAGUACGAGUAAAUCAAUCCUGAAUAAAAUGCGUCUGAUUGGUCGUAUUGUUAUCGAUUAUUUCAUCGACUUAUUCAAUCGAAGUUCGCGAGAUUAUCGUGAAGUUUCGAAAAAACUAUCGGAAAUGAAAUCGUUGGAUAAAAUUAAUCAACAGGAAGAACGAAUUCGUGCUCAAUCACUUGCGGCAUCCGCAUCCGUCGUCAAUCUCGAUCAAGUUGGACAAGGCGAUCAUUUACCUGAAUCACGCCGUACUCGAACUCUUUCUCAAACGACUGAUCUAUGUCAACGUUCACGUCUCUAUCGUUUAUUUGACUCCCUAUUCUAUUUUACAAUGUCACGUUCAGAACUUCUUUGUUACUCUGCAAUGAUCAUCAAUCAUCUAACAUCAGGCGCACUUCUUUCAAUGCCAUUACCAUUAUCCAUCUUUCUUUGGGCUAUGCUAUCGUCUCGACCAUCGAGAAAUUACUGGAUUACAAUCAUUACAUACACCGAAGCAAUGAUUGUGAUUAAAUAUAUAUUUCAAUUUCGAUUCUAUCCGUGGAAUUCACCAGAUAAGAUAGAUACGGAUGGUCCUCUAGCAGCAGUGAACAUUAUUGGAAUUAAUCGAAAAGAAAAUGCCGCUUCAGUCGCUGAUCUCUUUCUCUUAUUGUCAUUGUUUCUGCAUCGAUCUAUUCUAAAACAACUUGGACUUUGGAAAGCAGAGCGAGGUGCCCUAGAUAGUUCAGCUGAUGGUGGUGUCACUUCUGAGGAACAACAGGAAAUUGAUCAAUUCGAGCCACCGAAAGUUCGAAGUGCAAAUUUUAUUAAAUUAAUCAUCGAUUUCUAUCGAAAACUUCAACCAGCGUUGUUUGUUCGCGAUGUUUAUGCACCGAUGUUCUUUUGUGAUUUUAUCAAUAUGAUUAUCGUCAUCGGUUUCUAUAGUCAAUUCGGUUUAACCGAAAGUCAAAGGGAACGCGCUGCUGGUAAUGUUGUACAAACUAUCAAAGAAAAUAAAGUUCCGGUCGCUUUUCUUGUGAUGUUAUUGAUUCAAUUUUUGUUAAUUGUUAUUGAUCGUGCACUUUACUUACGACGAAAUGUUCGUGGAAAACUAUUUUUUCAAUUGUUUCAAGUCAUCGGCGUUCAUAUAUGGCUGUUUUUCAUCUUGCCGGGUAUCACACAUACGAAAUUUCGUCAAAAUCGAGCUGCUCAAUUCUGGUAUUUAUUCAAAUGUAUCUAUUUUGGUUAUUCAUCAAUUCAAGUUCGAUUGGGUUAUCCACAACGAAUUGCUGGCAAUUUUCUAAUGAAACGCUUUAAUUAUAUCAAUCAAGUUUUAUACCGAGGAUAUUUAUUAAUUCCAUUUUUAUUGGAAUUACGAACAAUUAUGGAUUGGAUAUUUACUGACACAGCACUUGGAUUGUCGAGUUGGUUGCAACUAGAAGAUAUCUAUUCAAAUGUUUAUCUGUUGAAAUGUGCUCGAUGGGCUGAAAAGAAAUAUCCCACUGAACGUGGCGUGACGCGACCGAAAAUUACUAAAUAUGGUGUCGGUGGUUCAUUAUUAGCCCUUCUCAUUCUACUAAUUUGGUUUCCAUUAUUAUUCUUCUCAUUUUCUUCAUCAUUUUAUCAACCUAAUCCACCGAAAGAAGUCAAUGUCGAGAUUAAACUUGGUGGUUAUUUACCAAUCUAUCAAAUGACUGCACAAGAUAUUGAUCUAAAAGAAUUCAAAUCUGAAGAUUCCAGACUUUUACGCGAGAAGAUUGAUGCACUAAGUGCAUCACCAACUCUAAAAGAUAGUGCUAAUGCGUUUUUACGUGAUUUCAAUCCAGAUGAUAUCCGAUGUGUAAAUCUAUUUGCCACAAGCGUUGAUCUGUGGAAAAUUAGCCAGCCGAUACGUGAUAUAGUCGUGAAUAAUUUACGUUCAGAUGUCACAGUGCCUGUACGAUUUUCAUAUACAAUUACACGCAAUCCACCGAAUCAAGAUAGUUCUGGUGAUAUAGCAGCUGUAGUCGCAGGAGAGCAUAUAGUUGAUAUAACAGCAAGUGAUCGAACGAUUCGAGAUGCACUCAUUGAAAUGUUAAAUGGAACAGUUGAUCAGCAAAUUUCCAUAAACUUCACCAUCGCAAAUUUAAUGCCACGCUUUUUACAUGUCAAACCCAAAGCCAAUCCAGAAGAAAUCGAAUCAUUGAAGAAUAUUUUCAUCAAUGAGUACUAUGCCAACAUAACUAUGGGUCUAAAUCGUACAAAAACGAUUCCGAACAGUACAGAUGUUUGGUGGGAAGUGAAUGAAAACAUAACUAAACUAGACGAAUCAACAAAAAAACAUCAAUAUAGUUUCAUUCCGUCAUGUUCUCCGAAUAAUCCACAAUACUUGACAAUGAUGUUUUUCAACGACAAAGUGUCACCAGCAAAUAUCUCAUUUCUUACCAGAUAUGGAAUCAUUGGCUUGUACACAACAUUCGUUAUUGUUGUUGCUCGAUUAUUACGCACAAUUCUCCAAACAAGUCGCACAAUCAUAUUCAAUGAACUGCCAAGUGUUGAACGCCUCUGGCACCUUUUACGUGAUAUAUAUCUUGUCCGAGAGCACAACAUCUUGCUAAUCGAAGAACAAUUAUUUGCUAAACUUUUGUUUCUUUAUCGUUCACCUGAAACAUUGAUACAAUUUACGAAACCUAAGUCAGAAUAA